GGAUCCCAACCCCACUCUCUAGUCUCUCUCUCUCUCUCUCCGCAUAAAACCCUUCACACUGUCUCUCUCUUCCCCCUUUCCCACCAAAUUUCUUCCCUCCAUAUCUUCGUCUUCACUCCUCCAAACCAAUCACACAACCAAUAGUAGUAGUAAGAGCGAGUAUAAUUCAAAUCAAUUUAGUUCAAUUCAAUUUUAGAGAGAGUGAGAGAGCGGAGUCUUGGUGAUUCGAUUCAGAAGAAACCCUAGGGCGAAUGGGGAAGGACGACGAGGAGAUGAGGGGAGAGAUAGAGGAGAGGCUGAUAAACGAGGAGUACAAGAUCUGGAAGAAGAACACGCCGUUCCUCUACGACCUGGUCAUCACGCACGCGCUUGAGUGGCCGUCGCUCACCGUUGAGUGGCUCCCCGGCCGGGAAGAGCCGCCGGGGAAGGACUACUCCGUGCAGAAGAUGAUACUCGGGACCCACACGUCCGAGAACGAGCCCAACUACCUCAUGCUGGCCCAGGUCCAGCUCCCCCUCGAGGACGCCGAGAACGAUGCCCGCCAUUACGACGACGACCGGUCGGAUUGCGGCGGCUUCGGUUGCGCCAACGGCAAGGUUCAAAUAAUUCAGCAAAUAAAUCAUGAUGGAGAAGUUAACCGGGCUCGUUAUAUGCCCCAAAACCCAUUUAUUAUAGCCACUAAAACAGUUAAUGCAGAAGUAUAUGUUUUCGACUACAGCAAACACCCAUCGAAGCCUCCUCUAGAUGGUGCAUGCAAUCCUGAUUUGAGGUUAAGGGGCCACAACACUGAAGGAUAUGGUUUAUCAUGGAGCCAGUUCAAGCAGGGGCAUUUAUUGAGCGGUUCCGAUGAUGCCCAAAUUUGCUUGUGGGACAUCAAUGCAGCUCCCAAGAACAAGGCUCUUGAUGCUGUGCAAAUAUUUAAGGUUCAUGAAGGUGUUGUAGAAGACGUUGCAUGGCAUCUUAGGCACGAAUACUUAUUUGGUUCAGUUGGGGAUGACCAAUAUCUGUAUAUUUGGGAUCUCCGGACUCCAUCAGUCACCAAGCCAAUCCAAUCUGUAGUUGCUCAUCAAAGUGAAGUUAACUGCUUGGCUUUUAACCCCUUCAAUGAAUGGGUUGUGGCGACAGGUUCUACAGAUAAGACUGUGAAGUUAUUUGAUCUUCGCAAGAUCUCCACAGCUCUCCAUACAUUUGAUUGUCACAAGGAGGAGGUUUUCCAAGUUGGGUGGAAUCCAAAGAAUGAGACCAUUCUAGCUUCUUGUUGUCUUGGGAGGAGGCUUAUGGUGUGGGAUCUUAGUAGGAUUGACGAAGAACAGACACCAGAGGAUGCCGAAGAUGGCCCACCCGAGUUGCUUUUCAUUCACGGUGGUCAUACAAGUAAAAUUUCCGAUUUCUCAUGGAACCCUAGUGAAGAUUGGGUUGUUGCUAGUGUAGCUGAAGAUAACAUACUUCAGAUAUGGCAGAUGGCAGAGAACAUAUACCACGACGAAGAUGACCUACCAGGAGAUGAAUCAACAAAAGUUUCCUAAAUUAUAGAUGCUCGAACUUGAGGGAGAAAUAGAUAAUCAAUUAGAAUACGAUCAUUUAGGUCUAUGCAUCUUCUUUUUCUCUCCUUCAUGUGUAUUUGUUAUGUACCAUUUCAUCUGAGCUAAACUGCAGAGUGGUUAUAAUUUAUGCAGUCUUGGUUUGGAGUAUACCAAAUGUGACUAAACACUAUGUCUCGGCUUGAUGUUAAGCCUAUGGAAGUUAAAGAAAACUCUUAUCCGGAA